ACACAGAUAAUACGUAGUAGUUUUUUUCUUAGUAAUUCUCAUAGUAGGGAGGAACAAAACAUUGCAUCGUCAAUAAAUUAAAGGGGAGUAGAUUCUAUGGUAUCCAAAACGUACCAUAUUUAAAUCUAAAUUAAAAAUGAUAUAAUAAUUUGGACCAAUCAUAUGAGUAGUAGGUACCAUACCUUUCUUUUAACUCACCUAAAUUAAAAGGCCGAAAUUUAUCUCUUUGUUCCCCUGGAUGCAACCAAAUUCAGGACUCGGCGCCUUGGCUUCCCUGUUCAAUCAAAUAAACCAAAAUGCAACUAGCGACAGAAAUGGCCAUAGCCGCUGUAGAUGAGGCUCUCUCAAUGUUGAACCACGAGCUUAACCAGUACUGCCCUUGCGCGGUCGACGACCUGUUGAUUGAACUGCCAUGGAUGAAGUGUUUCCUGGUAGACGGCCAACAAACGCCGGCGGGGAAGAAGAGGGCCGACAUCUGGUCGCCAAUCAUCCAGCGUCUCGCCCUUUGUGCCGUCAAUCUCCAACCGGCCGGCGGCGGUGUUCAACUCUCUAAACUCAGAGAAAAACUGCUUCCCUUUCACUCAACUUCCGAUGAAGCUGACUCAUCAUCUAUUCUUUCCAAUGUUCGAGAUUGGCCUCCAUCUUCCACUAAAGAGGUAAUACCUAAGAGUAUUAUUAAAGUGACAGCAUGGGGAGGACCAGGAGGAACAUACUGGGAUUACACGUUUGAUGGCUGUGCAUUAAAACAGAUAACUAUCGUUAACGGAGAAGUUGUUGAUUCUCUAAGCUUCAUCAGCCUUAAGCCAGACGGCUUGGUGAAGACUUUACAAGUUGGAGGACGUGGAGGUUUCAAAACCAGAGAGGUUACAACGUCACAUUUCUAUCGGAUACCUUAACUUUUGAUAUUGUUGCAUACUACGUAUUUGGAUAGAUGACAUCUUCACUAUUUAAUUAUUUAUAUUAUUGUAUUUUAGUACCUUAACUUUUCAAUUAUUAAAAUUAUCAUCACUACAUAUAAAUGUUUCAAGUAACAAUAAUAUGAAAAAUUCCAAAGGUACACUUAUACAGACAAAACAAAACCUACAGACAUGUGUAAAAGUCCCAAAAAGUGUGUACACAGACAUCUGUAUUCAAUUUUUUGGUCAAAAUAAUGUAAAGUAGUCUCUAAGUAGAAUUUUGUCUGCCAUAUGGUAUUUUUUGGUCUGAAAUUUGAAUAAAAUUGUCGAUUGAAACAUUUACGUGUAGUUGUAGCACUGAUUUGGUACAUUAAAGUGUUAAGCUAUAAAAAUGCAACAAUACGAUACAUAAGCUAGGUACCAUUUAUGUAGUUCACCUUAUAUUUAUUUCUUUUUAAAAUAUGUCUCAAUCAGCUUUAAGAUUUUAUUUCUCCGAAAUAAACAAAACAAACUUUACUUUGUGAAGAAAAUUAAGUAUUACCUGGGUUGUUAUUAUGACUUUUUCCCUAAUACUUCUUUAGUCCUGCAAAGAUCAUCUCUCUUUCUCUUUCGGUAAAUAUUGAUGGAACAUCGGAGAGAUUGAUUGAAAUAAGCGGAACGUAUGAGUUUUUCUUUCCUUAUGUUGUGAUAAAAUCAAUUGCAUUUCGAACCAACUUGAAUGUGUAUGGACCAUAUGGCUCCAAUAAUGGUGCACCGUUCGAGUAUGUUGUUGAGGAGGGCGGGAAGAUUAUUGGACUCCAUGGGCGUUGCGGAGGUGUUGUUGAUUCCAUUGGCGUUCAUUAUCAUCCAUAGUUAGUAAUUUUGACAUCUAUCCUUUCCGAGGUACUCCGUCUAAAAGAAAGUACUUUUGGCAUCUCGUUUUUUGGUGCUUCAAUUAAAAGCUACAAAUUGUUCUGGUUUUGCAUUUUUUGGUCACUUCAAUUCGACUUUUGUUUCUUAUUUUGAAAUUAUGCAAAUCGUAUCCCAUGUCUUGGUUGUAGUUUUUGUAAAACACAUUAUAUGAAGUAUGAACAUACGUAGUACUAUCCUAUAUGCAUAAUAUUGAAUAUAGGAGAUUUUGCUAAA